CAGUACAUUUAAAUGCACAGAGAAAUGUUCCACAGACCCUUCUGAAGGAACAUGCAGAACCUCUGGAAGCAGUUGCCUGUUAUCCUAAACAGCCACUCAUAGCUAUGGGCAGCCACAGUGGAACCAUUAAGAUUUGGGAUUAUGAGCAUAAAGAGGCAAUCUGCAGGGUCUUCCAGCCCCACAAACAGAUCCAGUGUAUUACCUACGAUCCACAAGGACGCUGGUAAAGCUGUGAUGUUGCUCUGUCUGUGUUCCGGUGUACUUGGAAGUACUAAGGCAGGCACCACUCACAUUAUAAACCCAUUCAGGACGUGCUGUUUGGAAUGGGUUUAGACAACAGUCAGCCUCGCCUCAUCUCUCUAGGCAUGGAUCACUGCUGAGUCCCUGUGUUCCUGUAUAAUCUUGCUGCCUUGGUUGGCAUUCAGAUUCUUCCUUUGGAUGGAAACCCUCACAAGUCCUUUGCAGUGAUCUGCCCCUCAACAGGCAUGUCAACUCUGGCUUGCUCAUAUGAUGGUAGAUAUGCUUUUUCUGCUGGAGGACAGGACUGCACUGUCUUUUCAUGGGAGCUCAGUUUGUCGAAAUGGAGGAAUAUUUUUACUACUGUCAGCUACAGAAUCAGGACCUUGACACCAUGGAAACCCGGCUUACGCAUCCCUCUAGCUGAUGUGCCCUUCUUGAUGAGAGCGCUUGGCUUCUAUCCCACAGAGCAAGAGCUAGAAGACAUUGAAAAUGAGAUGAAGUUCAGCUGUAUGCUGAAACCAGAAAUUGUGACGGACAUCGAUUUGGAGGGGUUAAUUAAUCUGUAUGUCAACCACAGAACUGCCUCCAGCAUUUCCAGACAAGAGCUUUCCAAUGCCUUCCAGGUGCUUGGAAAGCCAGACAAGGGGGGCAGAUAUACUAUUGGCAGGGAUGAACUGCUGGAGUUACCUCAUGCUAGAGAAUCUCUACUAGAAAGUGCGCUACCCCCAGAAAUCGGCUUGGAGACAUUAGCCAGAUAUCUUUCUGCAGCCACCCUGGAACUGCCUCAAGAACACGGGCACGGUCUAUAACACCUGAACCUUUCUGAAACUAAGAAUGUAUCCAAUUGAAUAAAUGUUUGAUUUAUAGCCUGUCUAACAGAACAGUGUUUUUUGCGGUUACUAAGCUGUUGCAUCGGUGCAUUUUCAUAUGUGAGAGUUUAAUACUUUUCUGAAACGCAGAUAUCAAAUCGCCAGGAAAUAAACGUCGUUGUUGUUUGACAAACUACUGUCGAUAGUCAGUCGGUUUGUUUCCAGAUACAAGUGUAAAACGUGUGUGGAUGUCGUCGUCAUCGUUUCGA